AUGGACCUCGAGGAGUGCCAGGGGCCCAAGCCGAAGGCAAAAGCGAAGGGCAAAGCGAAGGCAACAGCCAAGGCAACAGCCAAGGCCAAGCCAACGGCCAAGGGAAAGGCGAAAGCCAAGGCCAAGCAGGCCCCCAAGUCCGCCCCCAAGGCAAAGGCCAAAGGCAAGUCGGCCAAGAAGAAAGCCCAGGAAGAGGCGGAGGCAGUGGAGAAAAUCAUUGAUUGGACCACGCAGGUUGAUCUGUUGGCAGCCGACUACAAGGAGACCUUGAAGCAGCUCCUCCCAAGCUUCUCCACCCCGUUGCGCCUGAACCCGUAUUGGACCAAGAGCUCUUGCGGUGUUUCCCUUCGGUACGUGGACGAGAGCGACAAUCGCCAGUCCCGUGAUGUGGGCCAUUUCUUCUAUGAGAAGGGUGUGCAUGGCAUGAUCAUCGCAGCAUGGGAGCUGGAGGCGCUGGAGAUCGUGCAUCCUGACACGGAGGAGCACGACAUCAGUGCGAUCAAACAGAAGUGGAAGGACAUCGGUGCUCAGGCGAUGGAGAUUUUCACACAACAUCGAUGA